GUCUUGUCUGCAAUUUUAAAAGGCGAAGAUGCAAGUAUCUGUAGCAUGCUCUCCACAUCUGUAUGGAGCAGCCAAAGGAAGAGUGCAAUCACACACCAACCUUGUUCCAACAACCAUUUCCCUCAAACCUCACCCUCCUUUGACUUCAACCGAAUCAUCUUCUAACCUCACACUACGAUGCAAGGCUCAGCCUCAACAGCUGCUGAACCUCUGUACAUCAAGAAUCAGCAGCUUCAGGACUGGUCCAGUUCAGUGUGGCAAUUCGUCGAACGGGUAUAGAGGGAAUGAAGGUAGAGGCCUUCGGGAAUGGAUUGAGCUGGUUGGUGAAGCUCUAUCAGCGGCAUUUCCAUUGUGGGUGACAAUUGGGUGCGUUUUGGGGUUGUUUCGACCCAGUUGCUUCAAUUGGGUCACUCCAAAAUUGAACAUUUUUGGCCUCACCGUUAUCAUGCUUGGUAUGGGUAUGACCCUCACUCUUGAUGAUCUUCGUGGGGCUCUUUCCAUGCCUAGGGAAGUCCUCUUGGGUUUUGUCCUUCAGUAUUCGGUGAUGCCAUUAUCUGGGUUUCUCGUAAGCAAACUCUUGAAUCUUCCAUCACAUUAUGCAGCUGGUUUAAUACUAGUUGGGUGCUGUCCAGGCGGCACUGCUAGUAAUAUUAUUACAUAUCUUGCCCGAGGAAAUGUGGCGCUUUCUGUGAUUAUGACAGCUGCAAGCACCAUAUGUGCCGUGGUCAUGACUCCUUUUCUGACCACCAAACUUGCUGGUAAAUUUGUAACUGUGGAUGCAUCUGGCUUAUUGAUUUCAACAUUGCAAGUUGUACUUUUUCCUGUGUUGGCUGGUGCAUUUCUAAAUCAGUAUUUCCAACCUCUUGUUAAACUUGUCAAUCCAUUAAUGCCGCCCAUGGCUGUAGCAGCUGUGGCAAUUUUAUGUGGAAAUGCUAUUGCUCAAAGCUCUUCGGCCAUCCUUAUAUCUGGUGGACAAGUGAUUUUAGCGUCCUCUCUUCUUCAUGCUUCAGGUUUUUUCUUUGGUUAUGUACUUACAAGAAUGUUGGGGCUAGACGUAUCAUCAUCACGAACCAUAUCCAUUGAGGUUGGCAUGCAGAACUCAGCUCUUGGGGUUGUUCUUGCUACCAAACACUUUGGAGAUCCCCUAACUGCAGUACCUUGUGCUGUUUCAAGUGUGAUUCAGGCAAUCUUUGGGAGCAUGCUUGCAGGAAUUUGGAGACAAUCUAUUCCUGCUGAGAUGAAACACUGAAAAUAUGUAACUGGCAUUGUAUCAUUGUUGACUUGUAAUAGUUUCUGGUCUCGUAAUAAAAAUUCAUCCUUUCAA